AGAAGAUGUGAUCUUCUGACUUAACGUUGCUUACAUUGAUUUUAGCAGCUUUGCCCAUUAAUGGGGCCAUGUUCAUUUAAAGGAGGUUUAAAGAGGACUCGUGACAUUUUCUGCAGAUGCCUGGAAAUUUUCAUUUGGUUACAAAUCAACACUAGUUGCCAUGCAGUUAGCAAGAAUAUCUUAAGAUAACUGAUAACAAAGAACCCAAAACCUAAUUUCUAAAGUUUUUCUGGAGAAAGUGCAGGCCGCAUAAAGGAAGUUAGAACCGAAAAUUAAAAGGACAAAUCUCCAAUGCCCAAAGCAGUUUCUGGAUCCCGCAGUCAGAGCUAGAGCCUCAAACGGCGCGCUCAGGGCGGACCUAUCCCUGAUGGAGUCACGCCUCCGUGGGCGGGGCCUCGGGGGUGGGACUUCCUGUCCGGAACAUUUUUCACUCACAGGAAGAACCCGGGCACGGAUCCUGCCUGUAGCCUGGCGAGUCUGACCUCCAACUUAAGACUUAGGGAUUUCUGGCUGCUUUGUCCUGACUUGUGUUAACUCUGCUCAGAAGAUGGCUGAUCCUUGGCAGGAAUGCAUGGAUUAUGCAGUGACCCUAGCAAGACAAGCAGGAGAGGUGGUUCGUGAAGCUAUAAAAAAUGAAAUGAAUGUUAUGGUUAAAAGUUCUCCAGCUGAUUUGGUAACGGCUACUGACCAAAAAAUUGAAAAAAUGCUUCUCUCUUCCAUAAAGGAAAAGUAUCCAUCUCACAGUUUCAUUGGUGAGGAGUCUGUGGCAGCUGGGGAGAAAAGUGUCUUAACUGACAGCCCUACGUGGAUCAUUGACCCUAUUGAUGGAACAACUAAUUUUGUACAUAGGUUUCCUUUUGUAGCUGUCUCGAUUGGCUUUACUGUAAAUAAAAAGAUGGAAUUUGGAGUUGUAUACAGUUGCCUGGAGGAUAAGAUGUAUACAGGCAGGAAAGGAAAGGGAGCCUUUUGUAAUGGUCAAAAACUACAGGUUUCACAACAAGAAGAUAUUACCAAAUCACUCUUGGUGACAGAGUUUGGCUCUUCUAGAACACCAGAGACUGUGAAAAUUAUUCUUUCUAAUCUGGAAAGGCUUUUGUGUAUUCCCAUUCAUGGGAUCCGAGGUGUUGGAACAGCAGCUAUUAAUAUGUGCCUCGUGGCAACUGGUGUUGCAGAUGCGUAUUAUGAAAUGGGAAUUCACUGCUGGGAUAUGGCAGGCGCUGGCAUCAUUGUUACCGAGGCUGGUGGAGUGCUGAUGGAUGUGACAGGUGAGCCAUUUGACUUGAUGUCCCGAAGAAUAAUUGCUGCAAAUAGUAAAACAUUAGCCGAAAGGAUAGUCAAAGAAAUUCAAGUAGUACCAUUUCAAAGAGAUGAUGAAGAUUAAUUGCAACAGCCUCACCUAUUCAAUCACAGGUCCAUCUCCCCCAUAUUUGCUGACACACUGAUGUUAUAAAAGUGAGGACAUUUAUUUCAGAUGUAUAAUAUGAUUGGUUUGAUAUCCAGAUUAAAAAAUUGCAGUUUGUUGUGUAUUUUACUAAGACUGGGUAUGCAAGAAUAGAUGAAAUGUUUCAUUGUUUUCAUACACUUUGCAUGUAAAAGUGCACUUUGGGAAAGAUACACAGGUAGUUGAUAAGACAAGGGAUCAGUCAUCAAUGGAAACAGUCAGCAGUUUAGAGUCUCUAAGUGUAUAGGAUCCUCUGAAAUUUUGACUAUGUACAUAAGCAUUCUUAACUACAAAGUUAAUUUUUUGGAAAAAAUUUUCGCUUUAGUUCCCAAAGCCAUAUUUAAUUAAAUUUGUAAGGAUAUAAUGGGUCCUUCUAGACCAAGGUUUUUGUCUUUGCAGAGAACCUUGUUUUAUUCAUCAGUGUACACGUAGCACCUAGCACAGUAUUUGUCAAACAUGAGUGGUCCAAAAAUAAGUAUUCAAAAAUUAUUUUGAAGGUAGCAGUUCCUAGUUAUACAUAAAGCAAUGAGCUCUUUGUUUUUACUUUAGUUGUUAAAGAUGGUCUCAUCCUUUUCAUAUUUUAUGUAAUCAUUCCUUUUAACUUUUCACAUUGCCAUACCAUUUCAAUUCCCAUACUGUCAGGUUUCCUUUCUAAUUGUGGGCAUUUCUGCAGUUAAUGUUUUCCAAGACACUACAUUACUGGAAUCCUUUAAAGUUCCGCCGCCCCCCCCC